AUAUUCACACUUCACAACCAUGGCCAUCAACAACUCAAGAACCCAAACUCAAAACCUCCUGUCUCUUUUUACUAUCAUCGUUUCCUUCCUCGGACUCACCAAAAACGUGAACUCAGCUUCUUUUUCGUUCUCCAGUUUUGGGUCGUACACAAACGCCAUUGCCCUCGAAGGUGAUGCCUCUUUUUCAGAAGGGACCAUAAAGCUUACACCUCUCACACAGAACAGCGCCGGAAGAGCGUCCUAUGCUGCACCCGUGCACCUUUGGGAUGCCAAAACUGGGAACCUCGCUGGCUUCACCACAAACUUCUCCUUUGUUGUGGCGCCAAACGGUCCUGGCCUCUUCGCAGACGGCAUUGCCUUCUUCCUCGCUCCGUUCAACUCCAACAUCCCACAAAAUUCCAGUGGUGGAUUCCUCGGACUUUUCACCCCUGACACUGCCCUAAACGUGUACCAGAAUCAAAUAGUGGCUGUGGAAUUUGACUCCUUCGGUGGGAACCCCUGGGACCCUCCCUCUGCCCAUGUAGGUAUUGAUGUUAACUCCAUUGCUUCGGUGACAACGGAGGAAUGGGAAACUGACAUUGCCGGGAACGUGCUUGUUGCAUUCGCCAGUGUGAGCUAUGAUCCUGUGGAGAAAAGUUUAGACGUGCUUUUAACAUACCCUGGAAGCAAUGUGGAUGAGACUAGUCUCUCGUUUGUGAUUGAUUUAAGGACUGUUCUGCCAGAAUGGGUUAGGGUUGGAUUCUCGGGAGCCACAGGACAAUUGGUUGAAAUACACAACAUUCUUUCUUGGACCUUCACUUCUAGCUACUACUAG